AUGGAUAAUUUUUCAUCUCAACCUGAAUUGAAUGUUUCCUGUACUGAUGUGGAUAUUGGUUGCUACAGGAGGGGACACUCUUGGUAUAAUGUGUCAGACCCACAACUGAUUCCCAAGUACUAUAUUGCUAUGCCCAUCAUCUACUCUGUGAUCUGUGCUGUGGGACUCACAGGAAAUUCUGCUGUCAUUUAUGUUAUCUUAAAGGCUCCCAAAAUGAAGACAGUCACCAACAUUUUCAUCCUAAAUCUGGCAAUUGCUGAUGAACUCUUCACUUUGGUGCUUCCUAUUAACAUUGCAGAUUAUCUGCUUCUUCAGUGGCCCUUUGGUGAAUUCAUGUGCAAACUGAUUAUCUCCAUUGACCAGUAUAACAUUUUUUCAAGCAUUUAUUUUCUAACCAUCAUGAGCAUUGAUCGAUACCUGGUAGUGGUGGCCACUGUCAAAUCAAAGAAAAUAUCCUAUCGCACCUACAGGGCUGCCAAGACAGUGAGUCUGUGCAUCUGGGUUUUGGUCACAAUCAUUAUCUUGCCAUUUAGCAUCUUUGCCCAGAUACAUACUGAAGAGGGGCGGUCCCAAUGUGUCUUUGUUUUUCCCAGUCCUGAGAGUUUCUGGUGGAAAGUGAGUCGCCUCUACACCCUGAUCUUGGGUUUUGCCAUCCCUGUAUCUACCAUUUGCAUCCUGUACAGCACCAUGCUCUACAAGUUAAGACAUAUGCGCCUCCACAGUAAUGCCAAAGCCUUGGACAAAGCAAAAAAGAAAGUGACAAUAAUGGUGCUGAUCAUUUUGGCAGUUUGUCUGUUCUGUUGGACCCCCUAUCACCUCAGCACUGUUGUAGCCCUGACUACAGAUAUUCCCCCAACCCCACUAAUUAUUGGAAUCUCCUAUUUUAUCACCACACUGAGUUAUGCUAACAGCUGUUUCAAUCCAUUCCUUUAUGCCUUUUUAGAUGAUACAUUCCGGAAGAGUUUUCGAAAGUUGGUUGAAUGUGGAACUUCCUAAUAAAAUCCCAGUCUAUUUGUAACACCUUUUCUGGUGAGGUAAUGAAUUUUGGAGAAAAAAUAUGAAACACAAUCAGAAGAGAGAAGCUCUGAUAAUGGACCAGGUCUCUGAUAAAUAAUCAGGAUCAGCUAGCCUACUUCAUCAUGAAAUGUUACUGAUUUGAUGAAGAAAUUUGCUGUGCCACCACUGUACUUUGUCUGUGGCAAUUCUUUCCUCCUCUUCUCAUUCUCUCCAUUCCCUUUUUUCUUCCUCCACUUUGUCUUGUACUUGUACUUCUGUUCAUUAUGGGUCAUCAUUUCUAAUAUGAUAUGCAAUAUAGGUUCCAGGAAUGUUUAAAAAAGAAAGAAGCAAACCAUAACAACCUAUAAAGAGGACACCAAUCAUUGAUGAAGAAAAUUAUUUGAUCUUGAAAGUUUUGGGGUUUUGUAAAGCCAAAUAAAGAUAUACAGAGUGUCUUUGCAUA